AUGGCGCAACCCGACAUCUCCCAAAUCCUGGCUGCUCUUGCUCAGAAUCAAAAUGGCACACCGCAAGCCCCGAACCAGCAAUACCAGCCCCCGCCUAGCCACGCGUCCCCGCCGGGCUACCCCCCUGGGCCUAUGCCAGGCCAGCUGCCCAAUGCACCACCCCACGGCGCCAGCUACCUACCCCAGCCUUCCAGCACCGGCAGCGUCGAUCUGAGCUCAAUAAAACCCGUCAACAGCGGUUCCGUAAGUAUAGCAGAUGCCAUUGCGAAGGCGAAAAGCAUCGCAGCCAAUAGAGGCGUUCCUUCCUACGAUCCGCGGUCGGCAUCAUCCUCCAGCGCCCCGCGCGAUGACCCACGACUUGCAGGCCGCGGAUAUCAACGCUCAAGGUCGCGGUCACCGCAGCGCCACGAUGCCUAUAGCGGCAAUCCGUAUCGCGAUGAGCGGCGUGAAGACGCGCGGCGAGGCGGCGGUUACCGCCGCUCUCCAUCCCCUGAUCAGAAUACACGUGGCGGCGGCAGGGAGGGGGGCUACCGUGGUGGCUCCGACGGCGACUCAGAGACCAUACAUGUCAAGGGAUCCCUGGUCGGACUGAUCAUUGGUCGCGCUGGCGAGAGCCUGCGCAAAGUCGAAGCGGACUCCGGAGCGCGAGUGCAGUUCAUUCCAGCCAAAGACUCGCGCGCCACCGAGCGACAGUGCACCAUCUCUGGUCCUCUUCGCGCUCGCGAGGCCGCCAAGGCUGCAAUCUAUGCCAUCAUCGAUGAGAACGGCGGGCAAAACCUCAUGCAGGAGAAGGGAGCGUACACUGCUGGCAUGCCCGGACGAGCCAAAGUGAACCUUCCAGCGCUACGAGAGGGCGAGAGGAGCACCCAGAUCAUGGUGCCGGAUAAGACGGUAGGCCUUAUCAUCGGCCGCGGUGGCGAGACUAUCAAGGACCUACAGGAGCGCAGUCGUUGUCAUGUUAACAUUGUUGGGGAGAACAAGAGCGUCAACGGCCUACGCCCAAUCAACUUGAUUGGCGACGAUCAGGCAACCGCACUGGCCAAGGAAUUGAUUUUGGAGAUCGUCGAGAGCGACAGCAAGUCUACUAACCAAUCGUCUGCCCCACGUGAUCGCGGACAGCAGGACUAUGGCCAACAACAGCAACGCGGUGGAUCAGCUGCCGGUGGCCGUGACUGGGUUGAGAAGUCGAUCCGGGUUCCAUCCGAGGCGGUGGGUAUGAUUAUCGGCAAAGGUGGUGAGACAAUCAAGGAUACACAGCGGACGACUGGAUGCAAGAUCAAUGUCAACUCGCCCACUCCCCCGGAUCACGAGAGGAAGAUCGACCUCGCAGGCACGGCACGGGCGAUGGCAGAAGCGGAACGUAUAAUCUGGGAGAAGGUGGAAACGGUCCGUCAGCGCGAUGCCGCUGCCGGGCGAGGAGGCGGCGAUUCGAGUGGAGGACAGUACCACGACUACUCACAACAGCAGCCCGCCGCGCAAGGCUACGGACAGUAUGUGCCGCCCGACGGCAACUACACGGCCCCGCAGCAGCCGGCGUUCCAGAUGCCGUACCAGGCUGCUGCGCCUGCUCAGCAGCAAUCGAGUGAUCCCAAUGCCAGUGACCCAUAUGCCGCGUGGGGUGGGCAGCAAGCCGUGUAUCAGUGGUAUGCGCAGCAGAUGGCGAACCUGGGACAGCAACCGCCGCCUGCGCCCGGCACUCAGUGA